AUUCCCAACCGCCAGCUCUCUCUUCUCUAGUUCUCUUUCGCCUGCAAAGCUCACGCUCCUCCUCCACCGCAGCCGACACAGCUGAACCAUGGACGCCGUAGCCUGCGCAGCGCCGCCUGCAUCCCUGCUCUCCCGGUCCUUCGCCGACGCCGCCAUCGCCCGCGCGCUUAGCUUCUCCGUCUCCGGCUGCUCCCCCGACCCCGACCACCAGUCCGUCUUCGCCUGCAGCACGGCAGCCGCCACGGCGCCGGCUCCCGCCUUGAUCUGCGAGCCCCCAUCGGCGCGUUGCAGGCAGCAGCAGCAGCUGGGACCGGCGCCGGGCGGGCGCACGGGGAAGCGGCGGCCGCGGCCGUCGAAGCGCGCGCCCACAACGUACAUCAGCACCGACGCGGCCACCUUCCGCCUCAUGGUGCAGCACGUCACCGGCGCCGACGCCGACACGCUCCAGAUCUCCUCGCAGGACGCCGGCGCCGGCCUUCAGGUGAUGCCGCCGCCUUUCGACGUGGGGUCAUUGCUACCGUCGUCGGUCGACCCUGCGGCAGCGUACGUGCUCCCUCCGGCCCCGCCUGCGGCGGUGGAUCAGCCGUGUUUCCCGACGCUGGACUCCUGGAACGUCAUGUACGGCAAGAACGAGGCGAUUUGAACUUUGAAGCUAUAUGCUGCUGCCUGCUGCUGAUGGCGCCCGGCCUUGGUGGCCUGAGAUCGAUCUCUCGCUCUGUUUUUGCUCGUAGAAUCGUACAGGAAGGUUAGGUGUAUGUAUGCAAGUGCAAGUACUGCUGCUACGUGUGCGCUGCUGGCGUACGUACCCGUGUAUUGGAAUGCAGCGGACUGUGCUUAAUUAUCCUGUACUCUGCUUACUCUUCAACGUAUGGUUCGGUUUGUGGGAAGGUUCAAAAUUUACCAUAUUUCAUCAUUUUGGUGGGCCUUGA